AUGACUUUCCCAUCUGCCUCUUCAUCCCGCCACCCCUACCAGCCCUACCCGUCCUACUCCCCCGGCCCCCGCCGCCGCACCUCCCUCUCCAUCUCCCUCGCGACCACCCGACCCUACAACCCCUACAACGCCCCCACCCGCCGCCGAGCGCGCACCAUGCCCCAGUAUGCCCGCUCAAGGGACCACUCCCACCCCAUCUCCUCCAAGCCCUCCACACGCACCAAAAAGGUCGUCAUCAGCCUCCUCAUCCUCCUUUUCCUCUUCCUCAUAGGCACCGUUGUCGUCCUUUCCACCGUCUCGUACUAUCUCGCCAUCCCGACGUGGGCCUAUCUCACAGAGAGCGAAGUCGCCUGGCGGCCUCAGGACGCCAUUCGCCCCCUGAGGGAUGUACCGAAGAGCAGCAGACGGCAUAAGAGGGCGGAAUGGACAGAGGUGGGGGUGGGUAGUGAGGGGUCGAGCGCUAGUGCGGACGCUUGGACUGCAUCGGCUGUGGGCGAUGUCGCCUUUACUCUCAGUGCUGCCCCUUCAUCCUCUGCCGCCGCAUCCUGGGACGAGCUCGAGGAAGAGAUGGAAGCGCUCGACGCGAGCGAGGAGGACAGCGUUGCUGAAGCGGAAACAGACGCGUCAGACGCGCUAGCCGUAUCCGUGGAGACCACCCCGUCCCCCACCUCUUCCACCCCCUGGGGCAUCGACGGUGCGGGCUCGGGAGGGUAUUGGAUGGAGAAGGACUGGGAUGGGUAUGUUAGAGAUACGGAUUCUUGGGAACGGUUGUACAAUGUGUCCAACAGGGCUGGAGAACGUAUCCCCCGACUGAUCCACCAAACUUGGAAAGACGACCAACUGCCCGAGAAAUGGAGGAAAGCCUGGAAAGAAUGCAGAGAAGGCAUGCCCGACUACGAGUACAUGCUCUGGACAGACGACACCUCCCGAGAAUUCAUCGCCACGCACUACCCCGCCCACCUCCACAUGUACGACUCAUACCAGUACCCCAUCCAGCGCGCCGACUCUAUCCGGUACUUUAUCUUGCACCACUUUGGCGGUGUGUACAUGGACUUGGAUAUCGGGUGUAGGCGGAGGUUGGACCCGCUUUUGCAGGGUGAUUGGGAUGUGAUCUUGCCGCUUACCAAGCCUGUUGGGAUUUCGAACGACUUGAUCUUUUCGGCCAAGGGCUCUGCGUUCAUGGAUGACACUGUCCACGGUCUUUCCGCUUUCAACCACCGCUACCUCUCCAACUAUCCCACCGUCAUGUUCUCCACCGGACCCAUGUUCCUCUCCGCCCAAUACGCAAUCUUCUCCUCCUCCCACCCGCUCACAACCCAACACCCCCGCGCCGAAGUCCGCGUCCUCCCCAAAUCCCUCUACGGCAAAAACGCUCCCAUCUCCGACGUCCCCCACUCCUUCUUCUCCCACUUUUACGGCUCCUCAUGGCACGCCGACGAUGCGGGCUUCAUCACCUUCCUCGGUGUCUGGGGUAAAGGCCUCAUGUGGGUCGGCGGGGCGGUGAUUCUGUUUGGGUGUGCGAGGCUGGUUUGGUUGAAGAGGGUUGCGGCGAAAGGGCAGCAGUAUCAGUUAUUGUCGAUCUUGCCGACGACGAGGUCAAACUCGCCGACGGGGUAUGAUACACCCACAUCAACAUCUUCCGCGCCGCUCUCACCCACUUCGCUCGAUAGGUCUCUGCAUCAAGCACUCCCAGCCGAGAUCGCCUCGUAUUUCAAACGCGCAGGCAACCUUAUACUGGCGGCUCCUGCCAUGCUCCAAGGCGACCGGCCCCACGCCCGCGCUCACGCUCACGAGCGGGACGCAAACAGGAGGGGCAGGCGGAGGCAGGGUCUCCUCUACUUUGUGCCAGCGCUCUUUCAGCCAGUACCGGCACGGCGGUCACGGACAGCUUCUGAAGCGAGCCAGUUACCCAUGAGACGUACCCGGCGGGAGAGGGAGAGGGAGAGGGAGCGCGACCUUCAGCGCGCGAGGGAAUCGACGCAUAAAUCGGAUGGCCUCGCGCCGCCGCCUUAUGAAACCCUGCACGAAGAUCCCACCUUCUCCGACUCCCGUGCUGGGCCUUCACGGCCUUCCGCUUCCACCUCCCGUUUCGCCCAGGCUGGCGUGCCAGAAGGAGAGCGGUAUGAGAGUUUCGAGAAGGAGGUGAAUAUGGAUGAGGUGGAUGCUUUUUUGAAUGAAGCGGAUAACGAAGGGUCGAUGAGCGGGAGUGGGAGUGGGAGUGGGGGGGAGGAAGAGUGGAGGGAUCGGGCGAGGGAGAGGCGGUGGAGAUAG